AUGGCUAUGGGAUUGAAACCGGCUCCUGAUUUUGCCCAGUACUACAUCGAGAAAACUCUACGCGACCUAAAACAAAAAGGUGUCGAAAUUUAUAUUGACGAUGUUGGCCUGUUCUCCAAUUCCUACGAAGAACAUAUGGCCUUAAUCCAAGAAGUGUUGCAGCGACUACAAGCUGCUGGUUUCAAAAUCAAUCCUUUGAAAUGCGAGUGGUGUGUCCAAGAAACUGAUUUCUUGGGCCAUUGGUUGACUCCUGAAGGCGUCAAACCGUGGAAGAAAAAGAUUGAUGCCAUCCUCAAGAUGUCAGCACCUACGAAUGUAACAGAAUUGCGUGCAUUUCUUGGUGCUGUUACCUUUUACCGCCACAUGUGGCUGCGUCGAUCUCAUCUUCUCAGGCUUUAUAUAUAUUGUGUGUGUCUGUAUCUUUUAAAAUCCUUUUGGCAACACGUUUGUUUGAUCAGGAUAAACAUGUACACAGCCCCGGCUUACUUCAUGGCCAUCAUUGUGGUCUUCACCAUAUAUAUGCUUUCAUCGAAACACUUUAAGGACCGCGAUAGGAGUCAACCUCCCACGGAUAUUAAGAAAAAGUCUGCCAAGAGGGCUGAAAUGGACGACUACUCCAAUCAAAUGACCAUCUUCUUUGGCCUUUCCAUUUACGAUUGCUGCAUCCUUUGGUGCAUGAUGUUGAAUUUUAGUACCAAGGGUAGCAUUGGAUGCUUUGAAACCCUUGGUAUUUCCAUAGCCGAUUCCUUGUUUGGAAUGUCAUCCACCAUUGCUGGGACGAUGGUCGGUGCGUGCGGCACCAUUGGGGUCAUUUCUCUGCUAUCCAUGGGAAGGCUAUCUCAAUUCAUGUCCGAUAUUCAACUGAUCUGUGGUGGAGUGAUCGUCAUGGCAAUGGGCUUCUUGAGUCUCACACUUAUAGAUGAUGAUUCCGGCGACAAUUCUUCGUGGAUCUAUCUUUUGUCAAUCUUUAUGAUUUACUCCAUUGGAUAUCCCAUUGGACAUACGGUAGUGAUUGGCUUGUUUUCCAAGAUUGUUGGGAGGAGACCACAAGGGACGCUGUUGGGUUGGUUUGCAGCUGCUGGAUCACUGGCACAGCUUGUAUUUCCCAUCGUUGCUGGCUAUGUGGAACACUACCUUGGCUUUCUCCCCCUUUUCUACAUUUUGACUGGAAUCUUGGCCGUUUUCACGCUCAUCACUCUGCUUGGCCAAAGGACACUCUCCAUGUUGUCACAGUAUGAGAGAUUUAUCACCUUCAAGAGUCAUAUCAUUGAAUCGCUUGGAUCGAUCUUUAAUCCGAGUAAG